CGAGCCAGCAUGCUGCCACAGCAGCAACCAAGCAGGCCAGCACCAAGCUAGUAAUCAACAUGGCAACGCCACGGAGAAGCUACGGCACGGUUGCUGCCAUCGUGUUCUGUAUCGCCGUGUUGCACGGUGCAACGACUGCUCUGGAGUGCUACAGUUGCAGUGGAGAAGAUUGUGCGAAAGCAGCCACAGUAGGCUAUACGACCGUUUGCGCGAAUCCGGACGAUGUGUGUUACUCUCGCUUCGAUACCACUAACCUUCUAGCCACGGCACGUGGUUGCUUAACGGCAGCAGAAGUCGCCACCUGCACCGGUAAUGAUUGUGUUACGUGUUCGGAUGUGGAUCUCUGCAACGAUGCUGGUAGUCCGCGGCAUCAGUGUUUCGUUUGCUCAUCGGUCAACGAUGGUGCGGAGUGUAUCCAACCGGCAAACGGAGUACAGCUGGUGGCAAAACAGUGCCCUGCAGCAACCGGCGUAGACCUUACGCAGGCUCAGUGUUACGCUCGCUUGGUUGGAACGAGCGUAACCGAACGAGGCUGCAUUACCAGCCAGCGGCAUCUGGAUGAGUGCAGCGGAAGCGGAUGUACGACUUGUAUCGGCACCGGGUGCAACAACGAAGAGUUCCCGGCCAACCGGAAACAGUGUGUCGCGUGCGAUGGCGCCGCAUGUAACGACGAGGCCAGUUCGGUGACCUAUUGUGACGAUCCGUAUGAUGUUUGCGUUACCCUUAAGCGAGCAAAUGGAAAUGUAAUGAAAUCGUGCGAAAAGGCAAUGACCCCGACCGAUGCAGCGUACUGUACGGCCAACCCUUCCCUCUGUACCUUCUGUGGGAAGCAACGCUGCAACGGUGUGCCCUUCGAGACGGGCUCAACGGCGAUCACGACGUCACCGGUGCAAUGUUACGCGUGCGAAGGCACUGGAUGCCUCAGGUCAACCGCCCUACUCACCACGUGCCGGCUGUACGAUGACGAUUGCUUCAGUUCAUUCACCGGCUUGAACCCCUCACAGCGUGGUUGCUUAUCUGGUCUUUCAUCCACGGCACAAAUCGAGUGUACGGCAGGUGGAACCAGUGACAGUCUGUGCACGGUAUGCACCGGCACCGAGUGCAACCUACAGGGCCAUCCGGAUCACAAGUGUUUGUCCUGUUCCUCGGUGAAAGACGCAGGUUGCGUUGAUCCAUCGACCGAUCGCAGUCUGCAGCCCGUUCAGUGUCCUGCACCGACGACGGAGAUCACGGCCGAUGCUCACUGUCUCACGAAGAGUUUCGGUAUCGUAACGGAACGCGGAUGUAUUAGUUCGGCAGCGGAUCAACUAGGAUGCGAGGAAGGUGGUCUUGGUGGCCGCUGUUCUACGUGCAGUGUCGAAACCGGGGGCGCUGGUUGUAAUGCCAAUGUUUUCCCAAGCGAUCGACGACGCUGUACGAUCGAUACCACGGCUAACGCUUUAUGUCCGAAUCCGCUCGAUGAAUGUGUUCAGCUGCAAUCGAGUGCGGGUAUCCGGAAGCGAACAUGCCGCUCAUUGUUGACGGAAACCGAGCGGAGCUACUGCACGGCCAACAGUAACCGGUGCCGGUUCUGUAGCACCGACAAUUGUAAUGUGGCUGAGAUUACGUUUGAUUAUGUGGAAUGUCUAUCCUGUGAUUCAGCAGUUGAUGAACGAUGUGCCACAAACCCAGCGGCACUGACCACCUACGACCGUUGUGUUAACUGUGCCUCGGCCCUCUUCGUGGUCGAUGGAAAGACCACAACACGGCGCGGUUGUUUGGCCAGUCUACCGGCGGAAGUGUCACAAGCAUGCUCGGCCACCCCUGGCACGAGUACGACCUGUCAGCGAUGCUCCACCAAUCGCUGUAACGUGGGCAACUUCCCAGCGAACCGUCUGCAGUGUUAUCGCUGCUCGACCCCUCCCUGCGUUUCCCAUGAAGCGAUCCAGCUAGAGUACUGUCCGUUCUAUAGCGCCAGCGAUAGCUGCAUCCUCCAGAAGGACUCCGGCGAUGCGCUGGUGCGUCUCGACUGUCGCAGUUCACUCACGGAGGCCGAACAGCUCUCCUGCACGACGGGUGGUCCGGGACGAUGUCAAAGCUGUAGUACCGCGGCUUGUAACAAUCCAACCGGAUACAGUACCACCGGCAGUUGCAUUCGGUGUCGUAGCUCACUGAAUCCACUCUGCCGCGAUGGCGCACAGCAGCUCGCGGCCGAACCGUGCAGUGAUCCAACGAAUUCCCUCUGCUACACUCGGCUAAUCGAUGCCGGCACUUUAACCGGAUUGACGGAACGUGGUUGCAUGAGUGAGUUGACCUCGGCCGAACAGGAACGGUGCAACCGGGCUGACUUCUGUCUAGCGUGCAGCUCCCGGGUGACUGCGAACUGUAACACCAACCAGUAUCCGGUCGCGCCACUCACCUGCUAUCAAUGCGAUUCACGCACCGACGGUGACGCCUGUCAGGUGAGCCAGCUGUCCAACGUGGCCCCCGUCUGUCCACAGUACGAUCCGGCCAACAAGUGCUACACGAUCGUCCAAUCGAACGGGGACACGGUACGCAAGUGUUCGACGGCCGCGCGUGAGGUCGAGUGUGCUACGGCGAGCGCCUGCGAAGUGUGUCUAUUCCGAGGAUGCAAUGCAAGGCCAAUCCUGGAGAUCGUUGUUACGGAACCACCGGGUUCAACGACAACACCGGGACCAACCGGUGCUGCCACGGCUACGAGCUGUCCACCAGUGCUCUCCGCGGUGAUGCUCUUGGCAGCACUCUUCUUCGGAGCUCCGCGACAAUCCACGAGUUGAGUGGCACUUCUAACGUACGUUUCGAUAUAAUAAAGAACUUCGGAAGCGGAA